AUGCGGAAUAACCUUAAGAUAUUCGUUAUUUAAGUUGUGUUUUGAUUUAACAACCACAGCUCCCAUGAUUCCAUUCGGUAAUGCGUCAUCGAAUUCUGUCCAAUCGCGGAGUUUGGAGGUAAAAAACACGGAAAAACAAAAACUCCCAACGUCGUUUUCAAAGUUUGGCGUUUAAGACGUAAUUUGACAGUUAGCAGGGAAUCUUUUUUGCCACUAACAGAUUGUUGUGAUGUUUAUAUAAGUGUGUAUUCGUAGGUGUUUGCUGAGAAGUUAUGUGAUUUUCGUGGCUGACAACAACGUCGUAGAUUUGAAGUCAGUGAUGGAGAUCACUCCUAAAUCAGUGAAAGUAAAGUCCGUGUUUAGCCCUUUUUCACCCUGUGGCUCAGUGGAGUCAAGUCCCUGUGAAAACAAAGAGCAGAAGCCUCAUCAGAAGCUGAGUUCCUCCCUGAAGGAGCGGCUGAAGAGAUCGCGGCGCUCCUUCACCUCGCCCUUCUCUGUGGCCAAACGCCUCUGUGUUGAUGACUCGGAGGAGAGCGGCCAACGAGUCCCGGCAGAUUCCCAGAAGAGCGUUCACAAUCCUCCACUCGACUUUGAUGAAAACAGAAAUGACACCAGAUCAGGCAGUGAGAGGUUUUCUGGACCCGUUCCUGAAUCAACACAUCUUCCUUCAGAGGAUGUAGAGCAGCGACGAGGGCCACUCAGGAAGGAGGUGAAAGACAAGACGGAGACUCUGCGCAGACUCAAGAUGGUGAAAAUGUACCGAAGCAAGAAUGAUUUGACACAGCUUCAGAGUUUGAUAGACAAGUGGAGGAGCUGUGCUCAGGCUGCACUGUGUGAGCUCCAGUCUGACGUCCUCAUAGACGGACAGAAGGCCAGUCUUCCCCAGCUCAUUGACCAUUUCGGUCUGGAGGACAGACUCCUGCACUUUGACCGCACAGAGGAGGACUUUACGUCCUAAUUACGCACUCUGAGGGACACAAAAGUUGUACCGUUAUUGCACAUAAUCUCGGGAGUUUAUUUAUUAUUUGUUGCUGCUACAGUUUUGUUCACAUCUUUAAAAAAUAAAUAUAUUCAGUUAACUUGUUAAAGGUCCAGUGUGUAAGAAUUAGUGACAUCUAAUGGUGAGAAUGCAGAUUGACUCGUCUGCGCACUCCUCCUUGUUCUUUGUUUGCACAGUAAACAUCUGUUGUGAAACACUCACAGGCUGGUUGUUCCAGUUGUAGUCGGAAGUCAGAAUUUCCAACUUGGAAUGUCGGAGCAAACCUCACAAACUCCGACACAUCUCUCUCUUAGUUCCAACCUCCGACCUCCUGUGUAAAUCUAACACACCAUUAAAGGGUGGGAAAACAAAAACUACUUUUAUGUUGAAAGUCCGGCGUGUAAUGAUAAGUGACAUCUAAUGGUGAGAUUGCAGAGUGCAACAAACAGUGGACUCAAGCUCUUUAGGAAACUACGGUGGCCUCCAUAGUUUCUCCUGUCUUCUAUUCCGUGUCCUCCUUUUAGUUUAUGCAUCAGAUUUAUGUGAGCAGAGUCCAUUUUCUUUCUCUUCAAACCCCCAGACUACUCUGUUUGCUGUGGAAACAUACUGGCACAAAAUGGCAGCCUAUGUUUAGCAAGAAAACAAAAUGACUUUUACUUUAAAGUGAUUAUACACUUAUUUAUGGGUAGUUUGUUUAAUUUCUGCCGCCAAACCCUGCUAAAUGUUACACACUGGGCCUUUAAGACAAGUGUCCGUUCUGUGUUGAGAGAGAAAACUUGGUUCAGUUGUGUUUCAGCUGAUCGAGUGAAGGGAAGUUCUUCCUCCGCAGACGCUCCACUUCUGCCCAGAGGAGAACCAGAUCUUCGGCCUGCGCUCGAGCCAAGUCCUCCAGGUUCUUCUUCUGAACUAUUUCCCUGAAGCGCUCCUCGGUUGUGGCUGCGCGGUUUUCCUGUGACGCUGGAAGAAUCAAACAGUCCGGCAAUCAGUCACACUUCUGUGAUAAUGUGAUAAAAAAGACUUUAUUACCUAUGGCUUCGUGGAUGUUCCUCAUCUCUGCACCUGACACCUGCAUAUUGAGCAGCUCCUGCUCUAAACUCAUGUUCUCGCUCUCCUUCUUUGCCGCCUGCCUGUUGAACUGCUCAAUCUUUUUGACGCGUUGCUGCACGUUGUGUAGAUGAGUCUGCGAACAUAAUAAAUAUUCAUAUAUACAUAUAUAUAUAUUAUAAACUGUUAUUAACAGUUUCUUUGCGCCAUACGACAAAGAAAUCAUUCAAACUGAAUUAUUCUGGAUUGUGACAUUAAAGAACAUCAUCAUUUACAGGUUUGACAAACACCGAUUAACAUUUCCUGGCACAUUACAGACAAAAUCUAGAAAAUAAUCGUUAGUUGCAGCCCUUAUCUUGUCUUUUUUCCCUGUUACCUUCUCCUGAAAAGCUAUUGUUUUCUCCAGGAUGGAAAUCUGUUUGGACGCACGACUGUCUCGAUCGAUCUUGUUGAGAUACUGAAAGAAAAGGGAACAUUUAUGAAGCCAAACUUUAAAGUAAAACACACACGUGAAGCAAAAUGAAGUAUUUUAACGUGGUUUUCUUGACUGCAGGCAAAAAUGCUUCAUGUGUUGUUGAGUUGGGGAGGAUUGUUCAGGGUGGUUUUGUUUAUAUUCAAAGCUUUACUCCCCUGGGUUCAAUGAUCUAAACAAUGACAGGAAGCUGCGUGCCACGCCAAAGCAGACACUACCUGGAUGUUUUGCCAGAAGGAAACUGGCACGCAGACCUGGAAACGUGUUUCAUUCGCCUUGUUGAAUAUAAGAUGAUGACUCAUGUGGUCUUUGUGUGUGUAUGUGUAUGUUUGUUUUUUUUUUAAUACAAACCAUUUCGCUGUCAGGAUUUGUCUGGUGUGUUUGAUUAAAACUUUUGAUCAACCAUGACAGUAAAACCUGUAAAUGUUUAAGUUUCUUGUUAUGUUCCAUUAAGCCAUACACGUAACAGAACUCAUCUUAUCUAUUUUCACUUCAGUCUGAGUGUUUCUCACAUUUCAGCUUUGUAAAUGAAUAUAUUUUCCUGGUUUCUUUGCUCGUCUAUGACAUUAAACUGAAUGUGUUUGAUUUGUGGGCAAAAGGAGAAAAUAAUCAUCGAAUCAAUGAAUGUGUUUGAUUUAUUCAGUUUUGUGCCACACAAUUAAAUCCAGUUCCUUUUC